AUAAGGAUGUGCCUUGACCCUGCUGUGACCUACGCUCCCAGUCAUAAACUGGCUGUGUUGUCUGGGAACAAGAUGAUCAACAAGGAAAGGAAAGAAGCUGCUCCAUGAGGAAACAUACACGGGAGGGAGGGACAUAAAAACCCCAGGGCUGGGUACCUCACACACACAACACACACACACACACUUGAGCUCACACUCACACAGGCACCCGUCCUGGUCCAACCCCCACCAUGGCUGACACCUGCUGCACAAGGACCUGCGUGAUCGCUGCAUCCACUACAUCUGUCUGCUCCAGUAAUUUGAGCUGUGGUAGCCGGAUUUGCUCGCCCAGCAUCUGUACAGGUGCCUCCUGGCAGGCAGACAAUUGCCAGGAGAGCUACUGUGAGCCCCCAUGCUGUGCCCCCAGCUGCUGUGCCCCAACCCCUUGCCUCCUCUGCACCCCAGUGAACUGUGUGUCCAGCCCCUGCUGCCAGUCUUCCUGCUGCACACCCUCAUGCUGCCAGCAGUCUAGCUGCCAGCCAGCUUGCUGCACCUGCUCCCCCUGCCAGCAGCCCUGCGGUGUGACCCUUUGCUGCAAGCCUGUCUGCUGUGUGCCAGUCUGCUGUGGUGCUUCCUCCUCAUGCUGCCAGCAGUCUAGCUGUGAGCCCUCUUGCUGCACCUCCUCCCCCUGCCAGCAGCCCUGUGGUGUGACCCUUUGCUGCAAGCCUGUGUGCUGCACACCCAUCUGCUCUGGCUCCUGCUGCCAGCAGUCUAGCUGCCAGUCCUCCUGCUGCCAGCCCUCCUGCUGUGUGCCUGUCUGCUGCAGGCCUGUCUGUGUGUCCAGCCCCUGCUGCCAGUCUUCCUGCUGCACACCCUCAUGCUGCCAGCAGUCUAGCUGCCAGCCAGCUUGCUGCACCUGCUCCCCCUGCCAGCAGCCCUGUGGUGUGACCCUUUGCUGCAAGCCUGUCUGCUGUGUGCCAGUCUGCUGUGGCGCUUCCUCCUCAUGCUGCCAGCAGUCUAGCUGUGAGCCCUCUUGCUGCACCUCCUCCUCCUGCCAGCAGCCCUGUGGUGUGACCCUUUGCUGCAAGCCUGUGUGCUGCACACCCAUCUGCUCUGAAUCCUGCUGCCAGCAGUCUAGCUGCCAGUCCUCCUGCUGCCAGCCCUCCUGCUGUGUGCCUGUCUGCUGCAGGCCUGUGUGCUAUACACCCAUCUGCUCUUCCUCCUCCUCCUCCUGCUGCCAGCCCUCCUGCUGUGCUCCUGUGUGCUGCAAGCCUGUGUGCUGCAAGCCCUGCUCCAGCCUGUCCCUGCUGUGCAGCCCUGUGUGCAGACCUGCCUGCUGUGUGCCCACCUCCUCCUGCUGUGCCUCCUCCUGCCAGCCCAACUGCUGUCGCCCAGCCUCCUGUGUGUCCCUGCUGUGCCGCCCUGCCUGCUCCAGACAGGCCUGCUCUGGACACAAGUCCACCUGCUGA